GGAGGGGGAAGCCUGGGGGAGGACUAUAAGAGCAGGAGCUCUGGUUUGAGGAGGGAUCCACCAUCACCCUCUGCUGACCCUGCGCCCAGGCCAUGUCCCACCUGCUGUCCCUGUUCCUGCUCGUGCUCCUGCCGGCCCGGGGAUGCUCCAGGGAGGAACCCCAGAAACUCUGUGCCCACAACUUCAUCCGGGCCCUUGUCUGGGUCUGUGGCGGCCCCCGCUGGGCCUCCCCUGAGGGAAGGCAGAGCACCAGUGGUGACCUGCCCUCUUCCCACCCCUCCCUCAGGAGAAAUACUUCAGUUGCUGCAAAAGAGACCCUUCCGUGGAAUGGCACCAGACACCAACACAGAAGAGAACCUGGACGUGGGACUGGUGUGGAGGCCUGGCCUGCUUGCAGAUGCAGGGAGACUGGACAGAGCCCAUCGCUGGAGAAGAGCCCCCAGCCCAGCCAAACACUGUUGUAACAAUGGCUGCACCAAACAAGAUCUGCUAACUUUCUGCCCCCAUUAGUUUCCCCAGAAAGGGAAGCUGAGGCAGAGGUUCACUGACUUCUCCAAGUACUCCCAAGAAGAUCAAAGGAACAGAGUCUGGGGUCUAGCCUGGGCUGUGUGGUGCCUUAGCUCUGAACUCAGUCUCCUAGGGUUUGGGUUCAAGCCUGUGGCCUUCAGUGGUUCCCAGAUCUCUCUGGAGCAAUUGGAGGCCUGACUAGAAAGUCUGUAGUUUUCUGGGGGAGCGAAAGAGAACGAGGCAAGGCUAUUACCUCUGCUGACCCUGAGCUCCAACAUUGUGACUUCAAAUGUCCUCACUGUAUUUGUCCCCAGGGGGGCAGGGAAAGAAACCCUAAGAAACUGGCAAAGGGUAAUGUUUGUCUGUGGUGCAUUGGGGGAUGGGCUGGAGACCUUGGUUUAAGUCACUCCCAAUGGGGAGCAGUGGGUGGUUGUUACCUUUGGGAGUCCAAGGAGAAGAAGAAUUUUCAAAGUGGUUUUCUUCUAAUCACCCUGGGAUGGAGAUUGUGGAAAAGACAUUUCCCCCAACUUGCAGAUAAGGCUACUGGAAAGAAGUGAAAAAAAUCCAGAUCACAAAUGGUAGUCAGUAGAGACCAUCUGGUGUUUUACAGAUAAGGAAAGUGUGUCUCAGGAAGAAAUCAUAAACUAGUCUCGGCAGUCUGCUGACUCCAAA